AUGGCGAGCAGCCUCCCCCUGUCGACCACUGGGCGCCCACCUGGGUGUGUGCAGUUCUUUUCUCGCGGGGUUUGUUGCGGGGACUUCUUAGAUCUCUUCUUCCCUCGUUUCUAUAAACCAGUUGUCAUCAACCAUCGAAGGAGCUGCGAGCCCGUACCCUCUGAAGAGUCUCUGAACUGGAAAUACUCGCUUCAAAAACUGGGAAUGGGGUGGAGAGAGAAAGUGCUAGUAGAAGACAACCAGUGCAUUACUUCUGUGAUUUCCAGUCAUUUGACCCCAGGGACAAAACCAACAGCUAUUGAAUCCUUCAGCCCAUAUAUGACAGAAUUUCCAAGAAAACGCAAAGGAAGUGAUUCAGACCCAUCCCAGUCAGGAAUUACGACAGAAAAAGUGGUGGAAAAGCUUUCUCAGAAUCCCAUUACCUAUCUUCUCUCAACAAAGAUAGGAAUGCCAGCAUCCAGUGGCAGCAGAAUGGAAGACAGUGAUCAACAAGUAAAAAUGAAGUCCUUCAGAGAAGCUCAUAGCCAAACCGAAAAGCGGAGGAGAGAUAAAAUGAACAACCUGAUUGAAGAACUGUCUGCAAUGAUCCCUCAGUGCAAUCCCAUGGCACGCAAACUGGACAAACUUACAGUUUUAAGAAUGGCUGUUCAACACUUGAAAUCGCUAAAAGGCAUGACAAAUUCUUAUGUAGGAGAUAAUUACAGGCCUUCAUUUAUUCAGGAUAAUGAGCUGAGGCACUUAAUCCUUAAGACUGCAGAAGGCUUCCUAUUUGUGGUUGGAUGUGAAAGAGGAAAAAUUCUCUUCGUUUCUAAAUCAGUCUCCAAAACGCUUAAUUAUGAUCAGGCUAGUUUGACCGGACAAAGCUUAUUUGACUUCUUACAUCCCAAAGAUGUUGCCAAAGUAAAGGAACAACUUUCUUCUUCUGAUAUUUUACCAAGAGAGACAUUAAGAGAUGGCAAAACUGGUUUGCAAGUUCAUGGUAAUUUCAACACUGGAAGGACACCUGUGUAUUCUGGCUCAAGACGAUCCUUUUUCUGUCGGAUAAAGAGUUGUAAAGUCUCCAUCAAAGAAGAGCAUGAAUGCCUACCCAACUCAAGGAAGAAAGAUCACAGAAAAUUCUAUACUAUCCACUGCACUGGUUACUUGAGAAGCUGGCCUCCAAAUAUAGUUGGAAUGGAAGAAGAAAGGGACAGUAAGAAAGACAGUCAUUUUACUUGCCUUGUUGCCAUCGGAAGAUUACAUCCAUAUAUUGUCCCACAGAACAGCGGAGAGAUCAAAGUCAAGCCAACUGAAUUUAUAACCCGGUUUGCAGUGAAUGGAAAAUUUGUCUACGUAGAUCAAAGGGCAACAGCAAUUUUAGGAUAUCUGCCUCAGGAACUUUUGGGAACUUCUUGUUAUGAAUAUUUUCAUCAAGAUGACCAUAGUAAUUUGACUGACAAGCACAGAGCAGUUCUACAGAGUAAGGAGAAAAUAUUUACAGAUUCUUACAAAUUCAGAGCAAAAGAUGGCUCUUUCAUAACUUUAAAAAGCCAGUGGUUUAGUUUCACAAAUCCUUGGACCAAAGAACUGGAAUAUAUUGUGUCCAUCAACACUUUAGUUUUGGGGCACAGUGAGACUGGAAAAGCAACAUUACUUCCUUGCAAUUCUCAAUCAUCAGAAGAACUCUCUAGACAGUCUUAUAGUAGUGUGCCUGGAAUGUCUUCUGGAAUAGUACUUGGUGCUGGUAGUAUUGGAACAGAUAUUGCAAAUGAAGUUCUGGAUUUACAAAGGUUACAGUCUGCCUCACCCCUUGGUGAUUCAAGUCCAACAGAUCUAAGGAAAGAUACUACCACAGUAAACUGCAGGAGUGUAUCAGAUAAGGAGUUGAUUCCACAAAGCCCUUCUGAAAUACAGGAGCUAGAAGCUAUAAGGCAAAACCAGAGCACUGUUGCUCUCCACGGUAACGAACCACUCCUCAAUGAUGGUGGCCAAUUGGAUUUUGAUGCCCUGUGUGACAAUGACGACACAGCCAUGGCUGCGUUCAUGAAUUACUUAGAAGCAGAAGGGGGCCUGGGAGACCCUGGGGACUUCAGUGACAUCCAAUGGACACUCUAG